CCGAGGCAGUGGAACAACUCUGGAACAAGUUCAACCACCUCGGUCCAAAGUGAUAUUAUUCGUACCUGAAUUUGGACUUACUCCGAUGUCUAGCGAUCUCAUUUAUUAGUGUUUUUGUUAUGGAACUGGAGGACUGUGAUGAUAGUAAGGGAAAGAAGAAGGCUAAGAAACGGUGGACCAAUACAAAGAAAGUGAAAAACAGCAAACCCAACCAGACGAUGAAAGUCGACGAUGAAUCUGCUAUUUCCAGCCAAAUUAUAAUAAAUGACAAUGCACCACCGACAUGUGGGAGUCCCUCGCCGGAAGAUGAAGCCCAUUUUAUGCACUUGAUUCUCACAAGCGUUUUAAACAAAAAGAAAAUGGAGCUGCUUGAAAGUGAAGAAGUCAUGGAGGCACUCUUGGCCAAAAGAGCAAGAUGUCAAGCUCCAACAUUUUAACGACAUAAAUUAAUUAAAAAUACUUAAAUGUCUGACUUUGUUUGUAAUUCUUUCUCCUUAAGUUAAAUUCGAGAGGUGACAAAUUUUUACUUUGGUCAUUUACAAUUAUCCUGAUCAGCCUAUUAUUGCUAUUUUGGUCCUGUGUUUAAGACAAAAAUCCACCACUGAAGAUGGCUUAAUGCAAAAAUGGACUGACCAAGAUGAUCAGAAACGGCCAAACUACUUUAUAAUGUUCUUUGUCAAAAUGAUUCAACAAAACUAUGCAAAAUCUGUCCUCUCGUAUAAAAUUUAAAACUAUAUUAAGUUUUAAUUUUCAUUUAUGCAGCACUAUGAAUGCUGCAUAAAUGAAAGUUAUGACUUUGUAUUUAUUUUAUUAG